AUGCUUUCUAUGACUAGCGCCGGUUCAGCUUUUAAACCUUACUAUCGCCCUGAUCAGCUGUUGGUCUCCAUGCCGGAUACAAAGCCGCUCAGGAGUUUAUACUCUGAUCCUGAACCAGCUGCUUCAAGCCCUGGUGAAAAUGGCAAGAACCGUCGGAAAAGAACUACAUUCACUCAGCAUCAGGCUGCUGUUUUAGAGAGGGAAUACCUUUCGGAGCGUUACAUGGUCCGUGACAAAAGGACCCAACUCGCUGAAUUACUUGGUCUCUCAGAAGCCCAAGUGAAGACAUGGUUCCAGAACAGACGAGCAAAAGACAAGAGAGAAAAGAAGACUGACAGCCCUCAACGAAGCCCAACUGAUUCUGCGAAUGUUUCUGUUGCGGACGAAUCGGUUCUGGAAAAUAGCCUGUCAUCGUCGUUGAUGUCACCGUCACCAUCUGGCGAUCUUACGGCCGCCACUGUGUCAUCUCAAGUGAAGCCAGCUAGCCCACCAAUUCAACAGAAUCAUCAAGUGCUCUCCGGUCUCCUACAAGGACAUUCACCGCAGGCAUAUCCACCGUAUUUCGCCAAUCUGGGGCUGGCUGCCACUGAAUCAGUGCCUGCUUUUCUUCCUAGCCCAGUAAUCAAAUCGGAACCUUCUUGUGUAGAGAACAAAGUGAAAGACAUCUACAAAAUGCCAACAAAUAUCUAUGACCAAAAUUUUGGCUCAAUCUACACUACAAUUCCUUUCGGUUUUAGUCCAGUUACUUCUUCUAGCAGUCCAGGAUCUAUUCCUGAACCAUUGGCACCGGUCGCUAAUGACGAGACACUGACUGCCGAAAAUACUCAGCUCACUGUUCUAUAA